AAUCUGUUUUAAAAGAAAAAAGAAAAAGGAAGAGCGGAAGCAGAAAAUAGGUUUAUUCUUUUCUUAUCCAUGGCGGUGUCACUGAACCAGUGCUACCACACUGAUUAUCGUCCUCUCAUUCGUCCUUAUUCUCUCUCUUCUACCUCUUCAUUCUUCCAUCUUUCUCUCCCUUCUUCUUUGAUAAACACAAAAUCCAAAAUUUCAAAAGUGAAAAUAUGCUGUAACUAUUCUAAAUUUAAAUUCUCCCGGCAAAAUCUGAUAAUUCCCCCCAUUUUUGUGUUGGCUCUUUUUGAUAGACCUCUUGAUACUCAAACUCUAUUGGUUACUGUCAGCGUUUUGGUUGCCAUUACUCUUUCUCUCUUCCUUGGCCUCAAGGGGGAUCCUGUUCCUUGUGAUCGAUGUGCAGGAAACGGGGGUACGAAAUGUGUAUUUUGCAAUGAUGGUAAGAUGAAGGCAGAGACGGGACAGAUUGAUUGCAAGGUCUGCAAGGGCGCAGGGAUGGUACUCUGCAAGAAGUGUGCAGGAUCCGGAUAUUCAAAGCGGCUAUGAGGUGUAUAAAAGCCGCUAUUUGCGUCUGAUCAACAGAGAUAGCAAGAAAUGGCGUAACUUCACUCAUGAAAUUCACAUUUUUAUUGACUCUGUAACCUACUCCUCUUUGAAGCUGAUCUUGCUACAUAACAUUUAAAUGAUUGUUACAUGUAAUUAUUUUUCCUGAUUAA